AUGGCGGACAGCAUGGAAGGCGUCGUUACGGCGGGCGAGACGCCCAAAAUCGAGAACGUGGAGCAGAAGGCCAUUGCUGAUAUCCGCAGCAACUUUGUCCUUCUCGAGCGCGCCGUGGCCCAGUUCGAUACCCGCUUCACUCUGCGCGCUCUCCGCUCAAUAUCUUCUCUCCGCAAGAGGCUCACCGACCGCGUACUAUGUUCCGUCGUCAUCUUGACAUACUCGCCCAACAACGCCACAGCCCGGACUUUCAUCGAGUACAUCGGCAUGGACGGCGAGGCGAUACAGAGCGUCGUAUCUCAGUAUAAGGAGGAGGUACAACUCAACAAAAACAGCACCAAGGAGCCAUUGCCCGAGGUAGACGUCUACAUAGCCAUCUUGAUACAGGUAUAUCUCUACGACCAGAAGGAGUUUGAAGAGGGCGCAGAGUUCUCCGAGAAGCUGGUAGACAAGAUCCGAGAACUGAACAGACGGACACUUGACUCGCUCGCGGCAAAGGCCUAUUUCUACUUCUCACUCUUCCACGAGGAGAUGGACCCCAAGCCCCCAUCCAAGCAAUCGGCCGUUAUCACUAUCCGUGGAAAACUGCUUGCUGCUCUCCGAAGCGCUGUUCUCCGAAAAGACCCCGAUACCCAAGCCUCUGUCACUACGCUGUUGCUCCGAAACUACCUCUCGACCGCCGACAUCACACAAGCCGAUUUGCUUGUGGCGCAGACACAAUUCCCAGCCAAUGCUCCCAAUAACCAGGUUGCGAGAUACCUGUACUACCUUGGCCGCAUAAGGGCUAUCCAGCUGUCCUACACCGAGGCACACGAGCACUUGACCAGCGCGACUCGCAAGUCGCCAUCUGCGCACUGCGCAACUGGCUUCUAUCAGGCUUCUAUGAAGCUUCUUUGCGUUGUCGAGCUAUUGAUGGGUGACAUUCCCGAGCGCGAUGUCUUUAGCCAGCCCCGCUUGGAGCGUGCCAUGGAGCCCUACUUCCGUCUGGUCCAGGCUGUCCGUGUGGGUGACUUGCAGGGCUUCUUGAAGGUGGUUCAACAAUCUUCAUCCGUCUUCCACCGUGAUGGCACUUACACGCUUAUUCUUCGUCUGCGACAAAACGUCAUCAAGACGGGCAUCCGUAUGCUGUCGCUUUCCUACUCGCGCAUUUCGCUCCGCGACAUCUGCAUCCGCCUUGGUCUCGAGAGUGAAGAGUCAGCCGAGUACAUUGUCGCAAAGGCUAUUCGCGAUGGAGUGAUUGAGGCGUCAAUUGACCACGAGAAGGGUUUUAUGCAGACAAAGGUGGCUGGAGACAUCUACGCAACCCGUGAGCCCGGCGAGGCGUUCCAUGAACGUAUUCGCGCGUGCCUGACUUUGCAUGACGAGUGCGUCAAGGCAAUGCGCUACCCAAUGAACCAACACCGCCUAGAACUUAAAAACGCACAGGAGGCGCGCGAGAGGGAACGCGAGUUGGCCAAGGAGAUUCAGGACGGAGACAUUGAUGAGGAUGAUGCGGCUGGUGACUUUGAGGGCUUGUAA